GUUGGAGCUGACUCGCAGUGCGUCGGUGAAAGCGGUGGUGGCGUUGGCGGAGUAAACUCAGUUCACCGGGGGGAAAUAAGAACUUCUACGCGCUUAAAUCUCACGGAAUGGCGGUCAGUACGGGCACCUCCCUGGUCCUGUCCUCCCUGCUGUCGGUGCUGGUCUUCGCUGGGAUGCAGAUGUUCAGUCGACAGCUCGGCUCUUCGGAGUGGCUGACCAUUCUGGGCGGCUUCCUGGGGUCCAUCCUCUUCAUCUGCUCACUCACUGCCUUCAACAACCUGGAGAACCUGGUGUUUGGGAAGGGGUUCCAGGCCAAGAUCUUCCCGGAGAUCCUGCUGUGCCUGUGCCUGUCCCUGUUCGCCUCGGGGCUCGUCCACCGCGUCUGCGUCACCACCUGUCUCAUAUUCUCCCUCUUUGGCCUCUACUACAUCAACAAAGUGUCGGCAGCCCUGUACCAAGCCUCCGUUCCCAUGGCGACGCCGGUGAAGCCCACAGGAAAGGGCAAGAGGAAGAACUGAGGACGUCCCGCCUCCCACCCGCCCACCAGCCUCAGAAAGCCAAUCACAGGGCGGACUCUGCCGCUACGCCUGGCCGGCCAAUGGCAGCCCGAGAGCACCUUCUGCAACCGGCCAGUCCUAGAGGGGAGGAGCCUGCUGCCGCUGGCCAGCCAACCAAUCAUACGAUGCCACUCUGUGGCCCACAUUCCAAGCCCCUCCCCUCUGCUGUUCUGCGAUUGGACGUGGGAGAGGAAGCUUUUGUUAAGAAAACGUGGAGCCAAAAAAAUCCCAAUAAAAAAGUUUAAAACCGUUAA